AUGAGUUUUUCAAGUGUGAGAAUGAACAUACAACUUGCAACACGUGCUUUGUCAAAAUUGGAAAAUGUCAUUCUUGCACUUUUGCCUAUUGGUUUAAUGCAGAACCAAACAAUGGAAGCAGUUAUUGAUUUCGAUGGAAAGAUAAAGCACGAAAAGAAUUGUUUGUUUAUAACGUGUUCAUGCCCGCUUUUUGACUGCAAUGGCAACGGCUCAUCUGAAAUGAUUUAUGCUCACUGUAAAGUGAUGCAUAAAGAUUCGGUUACACCAUUUUAUUUUGGCCGUAAAUCUGUUGUUUCUCUUAAGUUGAAUGAUAAGUUUUUUAUUCUUCAAAAGAAAAAAUCAGAUAUUGUGUUUUAUAAGAACAACACAUUGAGUUGUUAUGGGAAUAUCAUAACGUUGUGUUGUCUUGGAACAUUACCAAAUGGAUGGUGCCCUUAUGAUAUUGAAGUGAAAUUUAAUGAUUCAUCCAGUCACAAGUUUCAUUCUUCUACCAAGAACAUUCAACACACCGAUAUCUAUUACCGUUCUUUAACAGGGUUUCUUCUUGAUAGUGAACAUGAAUGUUUUGCUAAUGGUUUGAUAAAGAUGGAGAUUUGUGUACGUCCUUCAUGGGAGCUUGGUUCAAACGAUGAUCUUUAA